AUGACUAUCAUCAUAAUCUCUCUGCUCCUGCUUGUUUCUCUGGUGCCGCACCUGACCUUCACUGCUCGUGUGGGUAUAGUGAAUGGCAAGGAGGCAAAACCUCACUCUAGACCUUACAUGGUUUCUAUUCAAUUGAAUGAAAAACAUAUCUGUGGUGGAUUCCUCAUUACUGAAGAAUUUGUCUUGACUGCUGCACAUUGCAGGAAAAAAAAGGAAGAGCAGACAGUUGUGGUUGGUGCCCAUGAUUUAAGUAAAACCAGAACUUUAAAACGCUACGGAGUGAAGUUCUACAUCCCGCAUCCAGACUAUAGAACUAAUCGGAAUAACAUUAUGAUUUUGAAGAUAGAUAAAAAGGUCAAACUGAACAACAAGAUUAAACCGAUAUCAUUGCCAAGUGAUGGUAAACAUAUUAAAGCAGGUGCUGACUGUAGUGUUGCCGGCUGGGGAGAUUUGUGGAUGGAAGGCCCACUGAGUGACCGUCUAAUGGAAGCAAACGUGACUACAAAAAGUGACAAAUACUGCCAUGUUAAAUGGGGAUCUAAAUAUGUGGCCAAACAUAUGAUCUGUGUUUACGGCCAAGGUGGAUCCUGCAAAGGGGAUUCAGGAGGUCCUUUGGUUUGUGGAAACACUGCAGUUGGUGUCACAUCCUUUGGUGAUGCAAGGGUUUGCGAUAGUCCUGAACAACCAGAAGUUUAUACAAGGAUUUCAGCAUAUCGCCAUUGA